UGAGAGUGCCCCAACUACUGCAUGAGUGAAUCUCAAAGGCAGGAACAAUGUUUUUUAUUCUCCUGGUGCUGGGGCUUAUAUUCCUUGCUUACAUUUUCCGUCAAGUUCUAGUUAUAGGAAAGAGUUGUAAGAGCAAUGCAAAGCUGCAUGGGAAAACUGUGAUUGUAACUGGCAGCAAUACUGGCAUAGGGAAGGCCACAGCGAUAGAAAUCGCUAAAAGAGGAGCCAGGGUGAUUCUGGCCUGUCGCAGCAAGCAGAGAGGAGAAGCUGCUCUCCAGGAUGUAAAGAGGGAAAGUGGCAGUAAUCAGAUAGUGUUCAUGCAGCUGGAUUUGGGAAGUCUUAAGUCCAUCAGGAGCUUUGCAGAAAACUUUCUAAAGUCUGAACCUAGAUUGGACAUCCUCAUCAACAAUGCAGGUGUUGUCCUGGUGGGAAGAACUGAAGAUGGAUUUGGGACGAUGUUUGGUGUCAACCACCUCGGCCACUUCCUGUUAACUAACUUGUUAUUAGAUCGACUUAAGGAUUGUGCACCAAGCAGGGUAGUUACUGUGUCAUCUACAGCACACAACUGGGGAAGAGUUGAUUUCAACUAUCUGAAUACCCACAAAGACCUGAGAGAAGGGACAUCUUUUUGGGAUAGCGUAAUGAUAUAUGGUGAUUCUAAGCUGUGCAAUGUUCUCUUCACCCAUGAGCUAGCCAAAAGACUUCAAGGAACCAAGGUCACUUGCUACUCCCUCCAUCCGGGAAGCAUCUACACUGAGCUGGCCAGGAAUAAAAGCUCAUUCGUGCAAAUGGUGUUGAAGUACAUGGGAAUGUAUUUCUUCAAGAACGCCGUCCAAGGAAGCCAAACCACUCUGCACUGUGCCCUACAGGAGGGCAUUGAACACCUCAGUGGACGCUACUUCUCCGACUGCACCGUGAGAAAAGUCUUUAAGAAGGCCGAGGAUGAUGCUGCCUCAAAGAAGCUGUGGGACAUCAGCGAGAGGUUUUGUGGCAUCUGAAGAGUGGUAUUUAUUCUCUGUCAAAUGGAUUAGAUUCAGUUAUGUUUUUUAAAUAGUAUAAAUAUGCCACAAAGCACACAAUUUCAAAAUAGGUUGAGACAAAAAUGUAAACUGAGCUGUAUAGGAAAUAGGAAAGAUUACUGCAUGAGCACAGCACGAAAAGGAUGCACCAAGAAACACAACAACCUAUUUCAUACAAUAAGCCAGUGACUUUAGAGAAGGAGGAACUUUUCUACUAACAGCACUCUAAAAACUUAAAUAAAACUUAGAAAAGAGUAACUAAUGAGUGAUAAACAUUACAGGAAGACAAACCUCUCAUAGUCUCAAGAGAACAACAGUUUAAUCAUGUGCACAAAUGUUUCCUCAAUUAAAUGAACAUCAUACUAAGAGACUGUUUAGAAACUACAUUUUAUGCUAGUCCUGAUAGGUAUUUUAGAAAUACGUUUUAUUUGAGAUUUGAUUCCUGUUUCUUUGCAAUAUUUCUUGAUUUUACAUGUGCUGCUCUUUGUUGCAGCUACAGUUGAUUUCUAAUGCUCUAUAAAUAUACAACAGUGAAAAUUUUUCACAUUCAGGUUUGAGUGGUCACUAUGUUGUACUUUUAUUGCUUGUUUGUAAUAUGGCUCUGAUGCUAAAAAAAAAUCUUCUAAUCCUGCUUGUUUUGUGAAGCAGAAAUACACAAUAACAAUAAAACAUUUUAUAAAAAGCUCA